AUGCCUGACCUUGGAUUCGAUCCUCUCAACCGCGAGCCGCCAGCUACUGAACUGGUGUCAUCGUUUCUUACAACAAAAGACGCUUACGACCGCAAUCAUGGAGGCAUACCAGAUAUCGAUGCCUCAAAACAUCAUGUUCGGGUAGACGGAGCAGUACAAACCAUACUGGACCUAUCAAUGUCUGAUCUGGAAGCAUUGCCUCAACAUACUGUUGUGUCUGCGCUCCAAUGUGCUGGCAUCAGAAGACAUACAAUGCGUACAGCUAUAAAGGAAGUCCAAGGUAUCGAUUGGUUUGAUGGGGCCGUCAUGAACUGCAAAUGGCGAGGACCAAGACUGAAGGAUAUUUUGGAGAAGGCACAAGUCAUUCUCUCCAAGGAAGAGAAAGGUCAUGUAGCUUUUGCAAGUCACGCACAGCCCUGUCAGGAGGAUGAAUGGUAUGGAGCUUCGAUAGAUCUCGAGAGAGCACUUGACGAAGACAAGGACGUCAUAUUGGCACUCGAGCACAGNAUGAAUGGAGAGGCACUUACCAAAGAGCAUGGAUUCCCUGUUCGAGUGGUAGUGCCUGGUAUUGCUGGUGCACGAAGCGUCAAGUGGCUAGAUCGAAUCACGGUACAAACGGUAGAGAGCUCCAACUAUUAUCAACAACACGACUACAAGAUUCUUCCACCAGAAGCGGUAGAUAGCGAAUCUGCCGAGAAGUUCUGGGAUACGACACCAGCGCUACAGACAAUGCCAGUCAACAGUGCCAUUGCCGUGCCCGAACCUGGAUCGAAAGUGGAAAGGUCAGCAGAAGGUAUGGUGACGGUCAAAGGAUUCGCUUUGCCCAGUGGUGAUGGUGGAGCGGUAGUCAAAGUCGAGGUGUCUGGAGAUGGAGGGAAGACGUGGACCGAAGCAGAAAUCGAGCACGACGCAGAUGAGAGUAAGUGGUCGUGGAGACUGUGGAAGGCAAGUGUUAAGAUGGAGGCAGGCAANGGUAUGAGUGUCUUCAGCAGAGCUACAGACGAGGCUGGAGAGACGCAGCUGGAGCGUUCGCAGUGGAACCUGAGAGGAGUAGCGUACAAUGGAUAUGGACAAACGACAGAUGUCGAGGUCGUGUAG